AUGCUCUGCUUUCCCUGUUCUGUGUCCCAGCCCCAAAAAGACACCACCGAUGGGCCUGAGUCAUGGCCCACAGUCACUGGUGCUGCACCGACCUCUGAAUAUUCAUACCCUGAUUACAGGGGUAAAGGCUGCAUGGAUGAGAAUGGUUUUGUGUAUGAAAUUGGAGAGGAGUUCACACCAGGUCCUGCUGCCUGCCCGUGUGUCUGCACUGAAGAUGGUCCACUGUGUGUCAAACCUGAGUGCCCUAGUCUGCAUCCUCGGUGUAUUCGAGUGGACACCAGCCGUUGUUGCCCUGAAUGCAAGGAAAUGAAAAAUUACUGUGAAUUUCGGGAAAAGAAAUAUAAACAAUUGGAGGAAUUUGUGGUUUCACCAUGUGAGAAGUGCCGCUGUGAGCCCAAUGGAGAAGUGCACUGUUCCGUAGCAGAAUGUGCUCAGGUUGACUGUGUGGAUCCAGUAUAUGAACCUGAUCAGUGCUGCCCUAUCUGCAAAGAUGGACCCAAUUGUUUUGCAGGAGUCACUAUAAUCCCAGCUGGACGAGAGGUGAAGAUUGAUGAAUGCACAACUUGCCAUUGCUCCUAUGAAGAUGGCACUUGGAGAGUUGAUCACCAGGCCACUUGCAUCAAGAAUGACUGCAAGGAAAUAUAAACAAAAGAUCGUGUGGAUAAAGAUUUUUUUUGCUAUAUUGAACAUAAAAUGGGACUGAAUGAAUGGUGUUUUUGUACAUUCUGUAUUGCAUACCAUACUUAUAUUGAAUUAGUCAUGUUAUUUGUACUAAAUCUGAGCAAUAAAAAGUGACUAGUAUA